UUUGAAGUCCACCCAGGGCAGGCUGUGGCCAUCGUUGGUGGAAACGGCGCCGGAAAGACCACUAUCCUGCGUCUCAUUUCACAGCUUAUAAAGCAUAGCCGUGGUUAUAUCCAGAUCGAUGGGUAUAAUACAAGGGAUCUAAAUGAACGUUCAAUCAGAUCACAUAUUGGCUUCGUACCGCAGGACCCGGGACUGGUUCACGGCUUAUCAAUCCGCGAUAACCUGACAUAUGGUCUUGAAAACGACAUGAAUCUGGAAGAUGUUCAAGGCUUGUGUCAACAGCUUGGGCUUGAUCAGCAUAUCUCCAGAUUUACAGCGGGGUAUGACACUCUUAUCGGCCCCGGAGUCGACCUUUCCGGUGGGCAGAGGCAGCUUGUUGCCCUAGCCCGGGUCCUUUUGCGUCGACCCCCUAUUUUGUUACUUGAUGAACCCACUAGCCAGUUAGACAAUAGGGCGCAGGAUAGGGUCUGGCAGCUUCUGAAAGCGAAGGGAGUGACUAUGUUAUUAACCACCCAUCGACUAUCUUUCCUAAGCGACGUUAAUGAAAUCCUUGUGCUGGAAGAGGGCAAAAUCAUUGAGAGAGGGUCCCAUGACGUGCUUAUAAGCGGUCAGACCUAUUACCGAGAUCUA